AUGAGGAUUAGGACUAAACCUGCCCUCACUGCGACCGCACCUUCACCUCACGCAUCGGCCUGGUCGGUCACUGGCGAACCAGUGCCUGGAGCACCAACCUACACCCACCGCACUCGCCUUCACUGCCCACACUGCCCUCGCCCCUUCCGGCAUCGCAUGGGCCUAUUCGGCCACAUGCGCAUCGAAGAGAGCGGCAUUGACCGCACUCCUGACACACCCACCACAUCUGACGCAUCCACCUUGCAAAACCCCACACCCGCUCCACCCGUCCGCGCCACCACCAUCACCUCCUCUGUAGGUGACACUGACACCGCCGAUUUCUCAUGUCCACACUGUCCACGCACAUUCACCUCACGCAUCUGCCUGGUCGGUCACUCGCGAAUCCCUCGCACAGAGACUGAAGAACCAGUGCCUGGAGCACCAGGCUAUACUCACCAAGCUCGUCUCAACUGCCCGCACUACCCUCGCACCUUCAGGCAUCGCAUGGGCCUAUUCGGCCAUAUGCUCAUCCACGACGACCUGCGGUAG